AUGGAGAGGUUCGCUUCAUUGUCACUUAAGAGACGACAAAAACUUUUACCUUUCUGUCAUUUUGAAAAGGACGUUUUAAUGGCUGAAAAGAAAAUUUAUUCUAAUAGCAAAGUAAUUCAGAUCGAAUAUCGUUUUGCUUCUGCUAGAUACUUUUAUGAUUAUCAUCCCGUAAAAUGGAGAUGGAUUAUAAGAGAAUGCGAAUGA